UCCUCCCACAGAAACCAAGGGGAAAGCGGUAAAAAAAAUCUUCAGCGACUCCUGCCUCCGGACCGCAGCCUCGCUCAGCUGCUGGGUUCUCCUUCUCUGCUUUUUUCCUUGGAUCCAGCUCGAUGGUAAUCUGAACCAAGAAAUAUGAGGCUGCAAGACUUUCUGCUCACUCUGCUGCUCCCAGCCGGAUUCCUGUGGGGGGGCUCAUGUGCUCAGCGCCCAGAAAUCAUCACCCAAGUCUCAAGUGCAGAAGACUGCCCUGUGGACCUGUUCUUCGUCCUGGACACCUCAGAGAGUGUUGCCCUGAGGGUGAAGCCUUUUGGGGACCUGGUUACCCAAGUGAAAGAUUUCACCAACCGGUUCAUUGAUAAGCUGACCCAGAGGUACUACCGCUGUGACCGCAACCUGGUGUGGAACGCAGGAGCGCUGCACUACAGUGAUGAGGUGGUGCUCAUCAAGAGCCUCACACCAAUGCCCAGCGGGCAGAGCGAGCUGAAGAACCGCGUGUCGGCCAUCAACUACAUCGGGAAGGGCACCUACACCGACUGUGCCAUAAAGCGCGGCAUCGAGGAGCUGCUCAUUGGUGGGUCCCAUCACAAGGAGAAUAAGUACCUGAUCGUGGUGACUGAUGGACAUCCCUUGGAAGGUUACAAGGAGCCCUGUGGAGGCCUGGAUGAUGCUGCCAAUGAAGCCAAACUCCUGGGGAUCAAAGUGUUCUCUGUUGCCAUCUCCCCCAACCACUUGGACCAGCGGCUGAACAUCAUCGCCACAGACCACGCCUACCGCCGCAACUUCACUGCCACCAGCCUGAAGCCCACCCGGGAAAUAGAUGUGGAGGAGACCAUCAACACCAUCAUAGACAUGAUUAAACUCAACACGGAGCAAUCGUGCUGCUCCUUUGAGUGCCAGCCUCCCCGAGGGCCCCUCGGACCUCCUGGUGACCGUGGCCAUGAGGGAGAACGAGGCAAGCCAGGUCUUCCCGGCCAGAAAGGAGAGGCUGGAGACCCAGGCAGGCCAGGAGACAUGGGACCUGUUGGCUACCAAGGAAUGAAGGGUGACAAAGGAAGCCGAGGAGAAAAGGGCUCAAGAGGAGCCAAAGGAGCCAAGGGUGAGAAAGGCAGACGUGGAAUCGAUGGCAUUGAUGGCAUGAAGGGUGAAGCUGGAUACCCCGGAUUACCUGGCUGCAAGGGCUCACCUGGAUUCGAUGGAGCUCAAGGCCCACCUGGACCGAAGGGAGAUCCUGGUGCUUUUGGACCCAAGGGAGCAAAGGGGGAGCCCGGGAAUGACGGAAAGCCUGGCCGACAGGGGAUUCCUGGCAACCCUGGAGAGAAGGGCGCUCCUGGGAACCGGGGUGAGCCUGGACCAGCAGGAGAGACUGGUGAUGAGGGUGCUCUAGGUGAGGAUGGUCCUCCUGGAGAACGGGGCAGCAAUGGAGAGAGAGGACCCCCAGGCUCACCGGGUGAUCGCGGGCCAAGAGGAGAGCUGGGAGAGCCCGGACCACCUGGUGACCAAGGGCGGGAAGGACCCCUUGGACCACCUGGCGACCAGGGUGAGCCCGGACCCCCAGGACCCAAAGGCUACAGGGGAGAUGACGGCCCCCCCGGCAGUGAGGGCCCAAAGGGAUUGCCUGGAGCACCAGGGCUGCCUGGGGACCCUGGGCUGAUGGGAGAAAGGGGGGAGGAUGGUCCUCCUGGGAAUGGCACAAUUGGAUUCACAGGUGCCCCAGGGCAGCCAGGAGACAGAGGCAACCCUGGCAUUAAUGGAACAAAAGGCUAUGUUGGACCUAAAGGUGAUGAAGGGGAAGCUGGCGACCCUGGCAACGAUAACCUGACCCCUGGGCCCAGUGGCAUCAAAGGAGCAAAGGGCCACAGGGGACGUGAAGGUCCCCCGGGACCACCAGGACCCACGGGGCCUCCAGGACCAGAUGAAUGUGAAAUCUUGGAUAUCAUCAUGAAGAUGUGCUCUUGCUGUGAGUGCACCUGUGGCCCCGUCGACCUCCUGUUUGUUUUGGACAGCUCAGAGAGCAUUGGCCUGCAGAACUUCCAGAUUGCCAAGGACUUUAUCAUCAAAGUCAUCGACCGCCUGAGCAAGGAUGAGCGAGUCAAGUUUGAAGCUGGGGAGUCCCGUGUGGGCGUUGUGCAGUACAGCCAUGACAACACACAAGAACUGGUGGCCAUGGGGGAUGCCAACAUCGACAACAUCGGGGCACUCAAGCAGGCAGUCAAGAACCUGCAGUGGAUUGCUGGGGGCACCUACACUGGGGAGGCUCUGCAGUUCACCAAGGACAACCUGCUGCAGAGGUUCACAUCCGACAAGCGCGUAGCCAUCGUCAUCACAGACGGGCGCUCUGACACCCUGCGGGACCCCACGCCGCUCAACUCCCUGUGCGAUGUCACCCCGGUGGUUUCCCUUGGGAUCGGUGACAUUUUCCGGAACCCUCCAAAUCCAGAUCACUUGAAUGACAUCGCAUGUUUAAGCAGACCAACCAGGCCGGGACUGUCCAUUCAAAGGGACAACUAUGCUGAGCUCCUGGAUGACACCUUCUUGCAGAACAUCACCUCGUACGUCUGCCAAGAGAAAAAAUGUCCUGACUACACCUGCCCAAUCACCUUCACUGGGCCAGCAGACAUCACACUGCUGGUGGACAGCUCCACCAGCGUGGGGAGCAAAAACUUUGAGACCACCAAGAAGUUUGUGAAGCAGCUGGCGGAGCGGUUCCUGGAGGCCAGCAAGCCCACCGACGACUCUGUGCGCGUCUCGGUGGUGCAGUACAGCGGCCGGAAUCAGCAGAAAGUGGAAGCUCAGUUCCAGUACAACUACACAGUCAUUGCCAAGGCCAUCGAUAACAUGGAAUUCAUGAACGAUGCCACAGACGUGAACUCUGCUCUGCAGUUCAUCACAGAGCUGUACCGGCGCUCUGCCCGCGCUGCAGCCAAGAAGAGGGUACUGGUGUUUUCUGAUGGACACUCCCAAGGGAUCACUGCCAGGGCCAUUGAGAGGGCUGUGCAGGAUGCACAGAAGGCUGAUAUUGAGAUAUAUGUUCUAGCAGUGGGCAGCCAAGCCAACGAGCCAAACAUCCGUGUCCUGGUCACAGGGAAAAGCACAGAUUACGACGUGGCUUAUGGGGAGCGGCACCUUUUCCGUGUGCCCGACUACACCUCUCUGCUGCGUGGUGUCUUCUACCAAACUGUCUCCAGGAAGAUAGCUGUUGACUGAGCAUCUGGGCGGGUUUCUGCCAAAGCCAUAGCUGCUUCUGUCUCACCUAAAAAGGAAAACCAACAAAUCAAAAAAAAAAAAAAAAAAAAAAAAAAAAAAAAAAAAAAAAAAAAAAUUAAUGGUAUUCUUGAUCAACCUGAGGAAUUUACAUCUAUGCAGAUAACCAAGUGCCACAGCCUGGCUGUACAUAGUCCCCUCCCUUCUCCUUCUGCUUUGUCAUCUGUGUCUCUGUUGUUAGUCUCAAGUUCCCUCACUGCCCACGACUGCCCUCCCUCCCCACAGCAGGAAAACACAAGCACACCCAUCAAUAAGCCAUCAGAAUACAAAUACCAGCCUCAUCCUACUCAUCCUACUGUGUUAUUGCCAGGAAGGAAUCAGGAUGAGGACUUUUGUACCACUAAGAUCUAGCCUGGUCUCUUAAGGCUGAUUAUGCUCUUUUUAGCUACUUUUUUUUGAUGUUGUUCAUUUCCUUCUCUCUUUCACACAGAGUUGUGCACUUGCCCAGCUUACAAUGAUCCUAACUUAAUGCUGUGCUUCAAGUGAAAUAUUCACACUUCAGCAAGCUUUAAGAGGGGAUCGUUGUCACAGUGGUCAAGUUUGGUUCAUAUGUCCCAUGCCUGGGGAGGAGGGAGGGCUAGACUGCACUACCCAAGCUUGUGUGCAAGCAUCUCUGGCCUCCAGGGCCAGGGGAUGGGACACUUGUUUCCCAGGGCUGGGGUAGAGAUGGGUGGUGGAGCAUCCCUCGGCACUGACACUCCCAUUCAGGGCAGGGAGGCUGGACACCGACCAAAGGAAAGAUGGGCAGCAGCCUUUGGGUAGGGGGAAAACCCUAAAAGAAGCUACAUAACUGCACUCCUUCACUUACUGAUCUCAUGGUCCUACAGUGAAACCAGGAACCUCAUUAAUAACCUGAUAACUUGUUUUAUGGUUCAAGCUCCAUUCUGGAAAAUCUCUCUGAGCCCAGUUAGUGGGAUUUUUUUAUUUUUUAUUUUUUUUUAAUUUUAAAAAAGCCGAGCUGACUUAUUCCCAACAAGCUCUCUUGGAGUAUUGUUUCUACAGGACCACCUAGGAGUUAGGCACCUGGGCUCUAGGGAAACCCACUAACUGCACUAUAUAUUGAAUUAAGGCCUCAUCCUCAGCCCAGUGAAGUCAAGGGAAAGGCUUCCAUCAUCUCCCAGGGUCUGUGACUCACAGUCUACAGAUACAUUGACAAAGGUGCUAUCACUUAUGUGGGUGAUGUGGGCCCUUGGUGUUUACACAGUUGUUUCCAGGACCACACAGAAAAUGUGGUGAGAUUUUGUUUCAGUGCUUCCAUUGGUGCUCUUGCUAUGAAUUCAUGCACUUCAGAGAAACCAACAGCGACUGCCAGGUAUCGGCACCCCAAACUCUUUAUUUUGUAUCCAAAACCCCAUUGUACCAGUUAGUUUUAUUUUAUGCCUGUGUUUUACUAAAAUUGUCCACUUUGGAAUUUUGUCAAAUAAAUUGUUUUCCACAUUC